AUGGCCGCCAAGCAAGCCGCUGAGAAGCUCAUCUCGGAGCACCUCGUUGCUGUGUUCAGCAAGAGCUACUGCCCUUACUGCAGUCAGGCCAAGAGUGUCAUCGACAAGCUCGGCCUGGACAAGUCCAAGGUCGGCAUCCUCGAACUCGACACCAUGGGCUCCGAAGGCUCCGACAUCCAGGCUUACCUCCAGGAAAAGACCAGCCAGCGAACCGUCCCCAACAUCUUCAUCAACCAGAAGCAUCUCGGUGGCUGCUCCGACUUGCUUGACGCCCAGAAGAGCGGAAAGCUCCAACAGCUCGUCAAGUAA